AUGGCGCCUCUCGAAAAUGGCCAUUCGAAUGGCCUGAAUGGAGAUCCUACCUCCGCCGCGAGCCCCCUGAGCAACGCUCGCUUUUCCGAUAUCCCCGAUGCCAUCGAUAUUCCCGCAUCCAGCUUCGACAGUGAAGUCGAAGUCAGCUUGCUUGAGCUCCCCGAUGACCCGACCGAGCUUUGCACUCUUCUGGAAAAUGAAAAGGCGGCCAAAAACUUUUGGGUGAUCAUUGCGCUCGCUUAUGCCAAGCGAAAGCAGUUCGAUCAUGCUAUCGAUAUCCUGAACAAGGGUCUGGCCUCUGUGGCCCACGGAGCAACAAAGGAGAAACUCGGCCUUCUGGGCUGGGUCUGCUGGCUUCUCAUGCUGAAGAGCCGAUACGCUCCACGAGUCGCCCCAGAUGGAGAACUCUAUUCAGAAGCAAAGACCAAGGAUCACUACCUCCAGCUCGCGACUUCGACGUUGAACGAGGCAUCGCGUUUGAACCCGGCUUACCCGCCUCUUUUCCUGGCGCGUGGCGUCCUCUGUCUCCUCCGCGCAUCGCUGUACCCUCCCCGCGCUGUUCGACCAGGGGCUAUCGAUACUUCUGAACGAGUCGAAUCCCUGCGCCAAGCUUUGAAAUGCUUCGACGAGUCAUCCAAGGCUUUUGGUGGUCGGAACAUCAUGGCUAUCAUGGGACGUGCUCGGGCUCAUUACAUGUUGGGAAGACACGCGGAAGCACUCGAAGGAUACCAGAAGGUUUUGGUUAAGAUGCCUAGCCUCACAGACCCAGAUCCUCGUAUUGGUAUUGGAUGCUGCUUGUGGCAGCUUGGGUUCAAGGACCAAGCCAAGGCAGCUUGGGAGAGAUCUCUGUCUCUCAACCCCGAGUCCAAGGUUGCCAACAUCCUCCUCGCAGAAUAUUACCUCUACGACAGCUCCCGCCGAGCCACUACCGACCCUAUGUUCGGUUCAUUGUACAAGGUCGCCAUGACCCAAUACACACAAAAAGCAUUUAAAUUGGACAAAGAAUAUCCGAUGACAUGCUCCUUGUUCGCCAGCUACUUCCUCCUGCGCAAACAAUACCCGACUGUCGAGACAUUGGCACGCAAGGCAAUUGAACAUACAGAUGUCAUGCCUAUUGCAAGUGACGGUUGGUACCUCCUUGGCCGCAAGUCACACUACGAAGGCGAUGCUGCCCGUGCUGCGGAGUUUUACAACCGUUCCGACCAGGCCCGUGGUGGAGGUGACAAGGGCUACCUUCCCGCCAAGUUCGGCGCUGUACAGAUGCAGAUCUCGAACAAGGACUUCGAUGGUGCCAAGUUCCGAUUGGAGAAGAUUGUCCAGCAAUCCAAGAACCCGGAGGCGAUGAUUCUUCUGGGUGCUAUUCAUGCGGAAGAAGUCUUUGCUGCCCAGAAGGCUGGUAGCAAGGAAGAUAAGUCGACUGAGAUCAAGCGGGCCAUCACUCUCUUGGAGUCUGUGCGCUCCAUGUGGAAGGAUGAGAAGCAAAAGCUUUCACCUGAUGAGUCGGUUUUGGUCUACCUUUCUCGUCUUUAUGAGAAUACAUCUCCAGAUAAGAGCAUGCAGUGCCUGACCCAACUGGAGCAGAUUCAGAUUGCUAGCAUCCCCGAAGAUGCUCGGCCGGAGGGCAUCGAGGAUGAGGAUUCAAUGAACGCUGCUCUCCGAGAGAGUCUGCCGCCGCAGCUUCUCAACAACAUGGGAUGCUUCCUGUACCAGCACGAGAAGAUUGCCUUGGCCCGUGGCAUGUUCCAGUCCGCGCUGAACGCUUGUGUGCAAUCAGAAGAUAGGGAAGAUGGCACUGACACCGAUGCGCUCAUCACGACAAUCAGCUACAACCUGGGACGAACAUACGAAUCGGCAGAUAUGUGGGAUGAAGCCAAGAAGGUCUACGAAGGUGUUCUUGAGCGUCACAGUGAUUACACAGAGGCCAGUGCGCGUCUGACUUAUAUCGCUCUGCGUCAAAGCCCCACAGACGAGGGACCCAAGAAGAUCACCCAGCUUUACGAGGCUGAAAACACAGACGUGGAAGUUCGUGCACUGUUUGGAUGGUACCUCAGUAAAUCAAAGAAGCGAGUCACCAACAUUGGCGAAGACACCGAGCAACGCCAUUUCAAGCACACACUGCAGCAUUACGACAAGCAUGACCGAUAUGCGUUGACUGGGAUGGGCAAUAUCCAUCUCCUUGCCGCUCGUGACAUGCGCCGUGGCACUGACCAGGAGAAGGAGAAGCGCCGCAAAGUCUACCAGCGUGCGGUUGAAUUUUUCGAUAAGGCUCUGCAGCUGGACCAUAAGAACGCAUAUGCUGCUCAGGGUAUUGCAAUCGCUCUCAUUGAUGACAAGAAAGAUCACAGUGGUGCAGUGCAAAUCCUGUCCAAGAUCCGCGACACACUCAAAGACCCCAGCGUCUACCUCAACCUGGGCCAUGUGUUUGCCGAGCUCCGACAGUUCUCACGCUCAAUUGAGCACUAUGAGACUGCAUUGGCCAAGGAUCGUGCCCGCGAUGUGCAAAUCCUGGCCUGUCUCGGCCGUGUAUGGUGGUUGCGAGGUAAACAAGAAGCCAACUUGGCAGCCAUGAAGACAGCACUGGACUACGCUCAGCGUGCCCGCGCCGUCUCCCCCGACCAGCUUCACCUGCAGUUCAACGUCGCUUUCGUCCAAAACCAGAUCGCCUCGCUCGCUUACGGUCUACAGACUACCCAGAAGACGCUCCAGGACGUCCAAGAAGCCGCCGAUGGUCUCAAGGAGGCCAUUGAAACCUUUGAACGUCUCUCCAAGGAGAAGAACCCGCCAUAUCCUAGCGCCGCUUUGGAGCAGCGAGCCAACAUGGGUCGCACGAUCAGCAAGCAACUCGACCGAGCCAUGCAGAGCCAGAAGGAGUACGAGGAGAAGAACGCCGCUAAACUCCAGCAAGCUCGUGAAGCCCGCGAAGAAGCACAGCGCAUCCGUGAAGAGGAGCUGCGCAAGGCUCAAGAAGUCGAAAUGGAGCGCAAGAAGCGCAUAGCCGAGGAGCGCGCAGUGAUGGUCGAAGAGGUGCAGCGCCAUGCCGCCAAGCGCGCUGAGGAUGAGCGUGCUCGCGAGGAAGCCGAGUUGACGGCCGACUCCGAGACCGGUGAACAAAUCAAGCGCAAGAAGAAGCCCGCCGCCAAGCGCAAGAAGAAGGGUGGAGACGACUUCAUUGCCGACGAUGAGGAUGGCGAGGCUGCUCGCAGCGGUGCCGAGAGCGACGGCGAGGCGGUACCUAAAAAGCGUCGUCGUCUGGGCCGUCGCUCCGAGGGCAAGGCUCAGAGCGAAAAGGCUCACAAGGAGACUCCCGGUAAGUAUAAGAGCAGUGAGAUGGUUGUGGACUCGGAUGAUGAGCCUGCAUCCCCGGGCGCAGACAAGGAAGAUCUCUUCGACGACGACGAGCCCGCACAGGAAGAUGCUGCUCCGCGUCGUCGGGGCAAGGCUUCUCGUCGCAUUGCGGAUGACGAUGAUGAGGAAGAGGCCGAGGCCGAGGCACCCGCUGAAAACGACGAUGACUUGUUCGGCGAGGAGGAUCCCAAGCCUGCUGAGGACACGGAGAUGCAGGAUUGA